CAAACGCGGAAAACAAGCAGGAGGCAGAGAGGUGCCAUCGCCAUUGCCAACGACCGCCGAGAAAGGAAGCCAGGGAGGCGAGGAGGACCGCGUGAGGAUGGCGGCGGACGUGAGCUCUGUCGCGAGGUUGCUCCGCGGGGAGGCGGGGAAGAAGGGAGGGCCGGAGAUCGUGACGAUGGAUCUUCUAGGCGGAUGCGGCGGCGGCGGCGGCCGGGCCGCGGAGGACGAGGUGGUGGACCUCGAGGUGACGGUGCCUGCCGGGUGGGAGAGGCGGCUUGAUCUCCUGUCCGGGAAGACGUUCUUGAUUCCUCGCCACACGAGCGUCCAAGACGGUAACCAAGACCUGAACAUGCCUCCACCGGCCUCCACCGCGGCGGCGCCCACCACCUCGGCCGCGGUCUGCACCCUCGACAUGGUCCGCUCCGCCCUCGAGCGCGCCACCGCCGGGAGACCCGUUGCCUCGCCGGCCACGUCGUCCGCAUCGUCCGCGUCCACCUCGUCAUCUUCCUCCGCCGGAAAGCGCAACCGCUCGCCUCCGGCCGACGCUCAGGCGUUGGCGACCCCGGCGAUGCGCGCGGCCGCGUGCCCGUCCUGCCUCACGUACGUGCUCAUCGCCGAGGCCGACCCCCGCUGCCCGCGCUGCUCUGCCAGGGUACCACCGCUCGGCGGGAUGUCCGCCGCCGCCUCCGGCGCCGACGGCAGCGGCAAGAAGCCGAGGAUUGACCUGAAUGCGGCCGCCGAUGAGAGCGAGUGAAUGGAGAGAGAGAAAAGUGGAAAUUGAAAAAGGAGAUCGAAAUUGGAAAGUGGAGUUCUUGUAGCGUAAUAUCUUGUCGGAUCAGAAUUACAUGAUUAUAGUAUAGGUUAUAUUUGUAGAAAGUAUGAUCAUAGGAUCAAAACAGCUGGGUCACAUAGAAGUUGACUUCUUCCAAUUAAUAGUACGUAGUCUUUUGGUUAAAUCCAUGCAUUUUGUUCGUUAUUAUUUUUUAUAAUAUUAUUAGUGUUAUUUUCUUCCUUCUUUGGAUGUACACAACUAAU